AUGGGGCUCAAUCUCAAUCUGUCAGCCUCGAUCAACGUGUUCAAGCUCAUAACGAGGCCCUACUUGUGUCUGCCCCAUUGUACCGUCCCUACCUUUACGGACCUGCCCAUUCCUCUCGAUUCCGUGCUCAAGCAACAGGGGAAGAAGGUCGACAUCCGCGCCGUCGUCCUCGAUAAGGAUGACUGCUUCGCUAUACCUGAUUCCAAUGAGGUGUAUCAGCCCUACAAGCAACAUUUUGAAGCCCUGAAAAAGGCAUACCCGGGAAGGCGCCUCUUGAUCGUGUCCAACACGUCGGGCGCCACGUCUUGGGAUCCUCAGAGAAAAAUGGCCCAGGCGCUCGAGGAGGAGACGGGGAUCCCUGUCCUCACGCACUCGGACAAGAAACCCGGUUGCGGCUCCGAGGUCAUGGAGUACUUCCGAAAGCAUCCCGAGACGGGCGUGACGAGCCCCUCGCAAAUCGCCGUUGUCGGCGACCGGCUGACGACCGACAUCAUGAUGGCCAACAUGAUGGGGGCCUGGGGCUUUGGGUCAAGGACGGUGUUGUUCCUCUGGCUAAGAAAAGCAUGUACCUCGGCGAGGAACGCCAUGAUCGGGUACAUCUCCUCCCUUGUGCGCGGCAUAUCCACGUCCUUCCUCCCCCACUUGACCCUGCGCACGCUCUCAAACUCCCUCUCGGCGUACUCCACGUCUUCGGCCCCGACCUGGACCAUGAGGGCCGGGCUCCUAGAUUUCCUCCGCCCGCUCAACGUCGACACCAUUGACGGCGGCAGCGGGCCCCCAAUCGAGACCACGCCCUUGAGCGUCCCCGGUCGCCGCCGCCGCCGCCGCUACCGCCGCUCGCGCGCCCAGGCCCCGCGCCCUCUCGUUCCUCCUCGACCCUCGGCGGAUUCGCCACGCGGGCCGCCAGCCCCAGCGCCAAGGAGCCCCCUGCCCGAAACCAAAGAGAAUGACGUCGUCCAUCUCCCAGCCCAGCUUCUCGAUCAAGAGGCCCUUGACGAGCACGUCCAACACCACGGCGCCCGCGCGGUCGAACCCGGGAUCCGCGGCAAUGUCCUCCGUCGCCGGGUCGAGCGUCACGUCGUCCCCCAGUGGAAAUGGGUCGGCCCCGCGCCCACUCCCGCCGCCGCCGCAGGGGAAGAGGCACUCCGACGCCAACGCCAGGCUCGUUACCGAAGCCAAGCCCUUUGGCUGCACUUUCACCGCGCCUUCGACUCCCUCCUCGCCCGUCCCGAAUGCGCGUCCGUUCAGGACCACAUCGACGCCCUCCUCGCCUGCGGCUUCGACGCCGUCCUUACCUCGGGCGGGCCCGGCAAUGCCUCCGACAACCUCGCCCGCCUUGGCGACCUCAUUCGCGCCGCCGCCGGACGCCUUGAUGUGCUCAUUGGCGGCGGAGUGAGGGCCUCGGGCGCCGCCGCUCUUCUCGAAGCCGCGGGGGCCGCGAACCGCGUCUGGCUCCAUAGCUCGUGUAUCGGGGCUGGGGAAACGGACGAGGUCGAUGCGGGAGAGGUCGCGGCCCUAGUUGAGGUCAUCGGAGAGGCUGUCCUUGGCUCGAAACAAGGAUGA